AUGGCAUUGAAUGUAUGGGUCGUGCGUGUUCAAGCAGCAAUGACCAGGGAUACUCCCAAGGGAGCAGAAAAAGUUGCACAAUGUUCGGAUUUGCCAGCUCAAUUGUCUAUAAAUUGGUUCUCAGAUAUCAUCAAAGUGCUUCUAGAACAUGGCAUCCAACUCGGGGACAGUCUACUGCGAUCGGUUGAUGAACAGUUCACCUUUGGCGUACAGCUUAUAUGUGAGCAUAUUAAGCGAAAAAAUCUACCGGAAUACCUCAAUUGCCGAGCACUUAACGGCGACUUUCACCCUGAUGUUACGCCCAUAGUACUAGCUGCACAUCAUAACAACUAUGACAUCAUCCGUCAUCUAUUGGAAUAUGGUGUACGUAUUGACGCUGCCGAAGAUUAUGCAUUUCACACUGAAGUCAAUACUUUACAAAACUGUCUUGGCACUUUAAAUAUCUACAAAGGACUGGCAAGCCCAGCUUAUAUUUCCUUAACUAGCUCAGAUCCAAUCAACACUGCGUUCGAAAGGUGUGUACAGCUUAGAAAACUCUCAGAAAAAAAUCAUGAAUUUUCUGCAGAGUUUCGUGAUCUUGCAGAGAAGUGUGAACAAUUUGCUGCCGACAUUUUAGGACACAUUCGGGACUCAAAAGAACAGAAAUGCAUCCUUAACCAUGACCCAUGGGGUGAAGAAUUGGAUGAUAUAACCGAUUCAGUUGCCCCAUAUAAGGUGAAAAUUGCUAUCAACUUCGAACAAAGAAAGUUUGUUGCUCAUCCUCAUUGCCAACAGUGCUUGACACAAAUCUGGUAUGAAGACCUACCACCGUGGUUCGAUUAUCAUUGGUCAACAUCCCUUUCCUUCACUGUUUUAGUAGCGGUAUUCUUUCCUCUUCUUUCCUGUGCCUAUGCUAUAUAUCCAUGGGGUAGAAUGAGAAAAUUCAUGCGAGUUCCAUACGUUCAAUUUGUCUGCCAUUCUUCAUCAAAUGUAAUAUUUUUGCUUUUACUUGGAAUGCAAUCUAUGCCAAAUAAUGAAAAGGUGGACGACAUGCGACCGACACCGACAUUAUGGGAAUGGUGUAUAGUUGCCUGGGUAGUAGGUUUGACAUGGGUCGAAGUUAAAGAAAUUUGGUACUAUGGUUUAAGGUAUACGAAGGAUCGUUGGAAUCUAAUGGAUUUUGUUAUGCUGUCUUUAUAUUGGGGAGCAAUAGUUUUACGUGUUGUUAUUCACUUUCAGGUACCCGAAGAAACCAUCCCGGCAGCAAACCUCACAAUCACAACUCCGAAUUUAAUUACCCCAACUUUUCUUGGGACAACAGAUGACUUUGAUUAUACUAGCAGUGGUCAAGUGACAACAACACCCGCCUUUACUAAUAAUCCAUUAGAUGUUAUUCAAGAAAAGAUUGAUGAGUUAAACAAACAAGUGGAAAGUCUUAAAAAUGAACAGUCAGAAUUUAACCAAGAUGUCAACAGUAGUUUAAUGGCACUAGAUAAUUUGUUACGGUCAUUAGAUGAUAAAAUUGAUGACCUAUCAGACGAAGUAAAAACAUUAUCUAGUAGUGACACUUCUUCAGGAUCAACAUCUAUCGGAAAAAGAAAAAGUAAAAGUGAACCAAAAUCCAUUAACCUUAUAGGAAGAGCGAAAUGGUCUGCAUUUACUCCUGUUCUCGUUUCUGAAGCGCUUUUUGCAAUUGCCAAAGUUCUUAGUCUAUUGCGACCAAUAUGUUUAACAGUAAUGAAUCGGCACGUGGGACCAAUGCAGAUCUCACUCGGAGGAAUGAUGUUGGACAUAUUAAAGUUUUUGUUGAUAUUUUCGUUUGUCUGGUUUGCCUUUUCUAUCGGCAUGUACCAACUUUACUGGUAUUAUUCAAAUCAAAAUCUUCUCUCCUGUUCAGGGGCAGGUAGCGAUGGAUGUUAUUCACCCUUUAAAACGCUUUUGAAUACAAUGGCAACAUUAUUUUGGGCUUUAUUUGGACUUCCUGAUGUUGAUAUCCUUCGGCUACAUAGUGGAAUUGAACAUGGGUUUACUGAGAGUGUGGCGACUUUGCUGUAUGCUGCGUACCAUAUUAUUGCUAUAGUCGUUCUUCUUAAUGUACUUAUUGCUAUGAUGAGUAGUACCUAUACGCGUGUCGAGGAGGAUGCUGACAUUCAGUGGAAAUUUUCAAGAUCGAAGCUUUGGAUGAGUUAUUUUGAAGGCAGAGGAACAGUCCCACCACCCUUCAACGUGAUUCCUACUCUUAAAACUGGAUGGUAUAUGAUAAAUUACAUCAGAGAAAAGGUUUGUAUGCAGAAAGCAAGAAAAAAGAAAAUGGAACGGAAUAAGGUAUUCCUUGAAGAAAAGCAACGAGUUUAUCAGGAGAUUAUUGGAAAACUUGUGUCACGCUACAUCUUCGACGCUAAGCGUGAUGAUGACGAAGGCAACCAGGACCAAUGGAUAAAUCAAUUGAAAGAAGACAUUUCAAGCUUCAAAUACGAAAUGUUUGAAGCUUUAACAGAAAUGGAUUCCCGAAUGAAAGAUAUGGAGACUCAAAUACGCGAAGGAUCUGGAUCCGGUGAUCGUGGUAUCGGCACAGGAUUUUAUCAUGCAAUGAAAGAUGCAAUUAAACCGUUAAGUAGACCUGACAGUCUACAAUCGGUUCAAUCGGGUGUUUCUGAUGCGUGUGCGAUCGUUUCCAAAGACCUUAAAGACUCGAAAACCCCUCUGUGGGCUGACGGUGAGUUUGGUGAAAUGCUAACACCUGUACCUAUUCAUAGGAAAAAAGUUAAACCAAAGUCUCCGUCAAUGCCAGCAAAUAUUGGAGGUUUUCAAAUACCGGAGGAAUGGGAGAGAUUUGAACCCAUCAGAUUUAUAGACGAUGAAUACGAGGCACUUAAUAUAUAUUCAACAAAUAGGCAAUCAUCAAAACGUAGGAGACAUAGCGUCAAUAAUAUAAACCAUAAUAGCGUUCGAGCUAAGAAUACAAGAAAUUCUAAGAAGAUGAACCAUACUUCAAGAGUUUAAAAGCCAUAGCUUAUAUUGUCACGCAAAUGGUCUUUCGAAAAAUGAAUACUGUAAGCUUGUUAUCUUUCACGCAACAUCAAAGUAAAACCAUUUUUAAAAUUAAAAAUUGAUUAUCAGAAAAAAAAUUAUAGGAAGAUAAAUUAGUAGAUCUAAUACAUUUCACUUACAACGGUUGAGUCAUUUUAUGAUGUUAAGAAGAUACACCGAUGUGAAAAUGAACAAAUUAUAUUUUUAAUAUUAUAGUGUAUAUUCGAAGAAUCGAAUUACAUACACUAUACACAAAGUAAGCGGUCUUUACAUUCUGGUUUCUUAUUUAGUUUACUAAAUUUCUACAAGUGUGUAUACUUUUCUCUGGUUUCUGAAAGGUCAUAGUUUCUCAUCUAUCAAAAAGUAGGAACGGUUGUUGGAGAAUUUUAUACACAGCUUCAACCGAGAUGAACAUUACCAUUUAUAAGUAAUCUCAGACACACUGAAAUCUACCAAAUAACGUAAGAAAAUUAACGGCGAUGACCAAAACGCACAAGCACAUCAGAAGUUUAGAAGUAACUAAGCGUAUUUCAUCAUAGGCCUACAUUGUCUUUAACAGUACCUCCUACAAAAAAAACACACCGUCUCGGCAAUAGUUAGUGAUUUCUCGACUGGAGUGGGUAAAUUCUUCAAAAGGUAAUCUCUACCAGUGUUAGGGAAUUCCUGGCAAAAUUUGGUUGGGUCUUAUUUCCAAGCAUCAGACUCUUUUAGCAAGAGUAUAACAUUUGUUUGCAAGUGGAGGAAGUUUCACUUGCCUGUACACCUACUCUACACCUUGUUAAGGAUUUCCUUGUUAUUAUAUCACCACCAUUUCAUAUUUUAAUAAACUGUGGGAUGUUAUGUGUCAGGUUUUAUAAAAUAAUCAACAUUUUGUUAAUAUAAGCAUACUCUAUAAGCAUUUUGAAGUCUGGCUUAGAAAGAAUAAUUAUGUGAUCAAUCUUUGCAUCACAUUUUAAAACGGCAUUAAACAGGACUUUACUAAGCCCUGGCAGGCUAGCUUAUGAAAGAAUUCUGUAAAUUAAUAAUGUUUUGUCACACUCUUUCCUGAAUCAGUUUUCUUUGGUUUGAUUUCAGUGUAUCAGAGGUAACUAACCUAUUUAUACCUCAAUUAAGGCUCUUUGAAGCAGUCCCAUGCUGUGUUGCUGCCCUCCAUCUACAUAUAGCAAAUCGUAGGCCUACAUGUUGUUUUGACAUGACUUGUGAAAGUAAAUCAUGUAGCUUACCUAUAAGUCUGACAGUGUGAAACAAACUCUAAUAAAAUUGACUGAUAAUUCUUCAUAGAUUAUAAAUUUAGAUCUUAUUUACAACAAUACUAGAAUGGCUGAUAGCUCCAUUGACUGUUUUUGGUUAUAAACGAUAAUUUAAAAGCAUUUAAAGAACUGUCAGUGUUCGUGUAGGCAUUUUUCAUCUAUUAAUAAAAGUAAUUAUUAUUGUUUAAAGUAUUGACAUACCGUCUUUGAUCUUUACUUUAAACGAUUUAUUAUGAUCGUUUAAACUUUCUGCAUUAUGAUUGGUUAUUCGUCACAUAACUGGUACCAUUCUACUGUAUAUAGGUAAUUGUGUACAUACAUUUUAUUCCUUAAGAAUAACAAUUUAAAGUUCCAAACAUAGAAUCACAAUGUUUUGCAUAACCUUCUUUGGAGUUUGUUUCAUACUAUCUUUAUGAAAGUAAGCUGAAAAAAACUUUGUAACACAUUUGUUCUAUUUGUAGAAAGCUGUAUAUAAUAUUCUUUUUGAAUGAAUUUUAACUUUUACUUGAUAGCUUUAACAUUUAAUUCAAAAAUGCAGAAAUCGUCAACAUCAUCAAAACGAUACUUAUACACAUUAGCGUAAAAAUAUUCUCAGGCAAGGAACGUUGUACAUGGAAGGGAAUUAUAGUGUGUGAUAGAUAGCCACUUACAGGUAAAACAUGACUGAAGCCAAAAGUGGCUUACAAAAAGACUGACUGGCGUUAUAUCAGAGAGUCAUGAUUUAGAUUUUACUACAGUUUAUUUGCAUAGCUUAAUACAUGAUAUUAAAAAUAAGUUUUGAAUUAUAUUUAGCAAUCCUAUGUAUAAACGGGUUUCUGUGGACAAGAUGCAUAGUCUCGUUUGUAAAUGCAAUGCCAUGCAUUGUUGCCAAGUCCAAGUGUACAAAUGAUAAAGUUUAACUAUUGUAUUCGUAUAUCGCUUUUAUAAAACUUUUUCUAAUAAUGUUAAUAGUUAAGUAUUAUAAGAUUCCGACAUAAAACUUUCUUAACUGAGGGUUUUACCAAAUUUAUUAGAAAUAUUCUUUUUUUCAAACUUUAGGAAUCAUAUUGCCAUGAAAUACCGUAUUAAAAAAAAAUCACUUUUUGUAGAAGUAAUUAACUUCUAGUGAUACGUAUCAAACACAAUAUCCUUAAAUCGAUUACCAUUUAAUUUACAGGUCAAUGCAGAGAAUACGAACUCCUGUUAAUUGGUGGAAGUUAAAGUCUAAAAUACCAAAAAGGAAAACUUAUAAUUUAAUAUGAAAAUGAAUUGCUAAAAACAAUACAAAGUUGGGUCAAGUUAUUUCUGGUCAUUUUACAUUAUUUUAAAGUUGUUUAGCUCAUAACAGGCGGUAUAUCAUUUAUUUAAAGAAGCCAUUAAAUGAUAAAGUCAUUGAUCGAUAGAUAUUUUAAGAUGUGUUUAGUUAUAAUGUAACUGGCAUUUUCCAAAGCAUUGAAUAGUAAGGAUGACCCUGACUUUAUUUUAACCUGGUGUUAACAUAAUAUAUAAAAAAUAAAACUAACAAUAAGUUGCAAUUUGUCACUGUAUAGGCACUACAUAAAGAAAAAUAAACAUUAGAAAAAUAUAUUAGACAAUACAUAUCAAUGAUAUCGGAAUAUAUUAUGCCAAGUCAAUUGCAGUUGCUUAAAAGGUAUUGCAAAAAUUAGGACUACCGACGGGUAUUACUGCUUCCAUUUGUAAUACGAUUUCGUCUAAAUGAUUGACCUAUUUAUCAUCAUUAGCAUUCAUACUAACUGUGUUCGCUAAUUUGAAAUAUCGAGGCAAAAUGAGUGAAAUUUUUAAAUAGGCCUACUAUCUAUUUACAUUUAGACCAUAAAGUGUCCACUAAACUUAUUCUGUCUUAGUUAUAAUGUAAUCAGCGCUUCCAGUCGUUGGUAAAUUAGGCCUAUAAUAAAUCAAAAUCAAAUAUAGUAAUAUGACUAUUUAUAUCUUUUUGCUACACUGUCUUAUUUAGUCUAACAUAUUUCGUUUUCAUUUUAGUUGUAUUUUUUAACAACUUAGUUUUUUGUAAAGAACUACGUUGGCGUAUGUAUACUUUUGUCUGGUAUGUCUUUGUGGACUUGUAGUGUGUCGUUAUCAGAGUCAGUUUGUUGUAAGUCGUUAUUUUCAAGGCGGUCCAUCUUACAAACAUAAUGAAGCUUUGAGUAUACAAUCAUUUUGCAUAACAAUUUUUUUAGUAUGUUGAAGAACAUUUCAUCGACAUACACAUGCUACACAACCCUCUGUGGAUUGAAAUAGUAUUUUAAUACAUGUAUUAAAUAAGUACGUUAACUGAUUGUUUUGAUGAACAUAGUUCGAUACAGCAACAAAUUUCAGUAAUCGGAGUAAGGAAGCCUACAGAUGCAAAUCUAACUAACCAGAGCUGGUCUCGUUGUUUCGAUAUUACAUGUUACCUUUGUAACGUAUAAAUUUAUAAAAUAUAUAAUUAGUUAGGCCUAGUUUAAAAAUAAAAAAAGUUAAAAAAUGCCAUUGAAUAUCAAUUGAAGAUGUACAAAUUCUAAAGAAUUGGUCCAACAUGUUCCAAAACGCCAGCUAUUUUAUGUAGGAUGUCGGGCGAUACCUUGUUAACAUUACAGAAGUUCGGAUGUUAAAACGACAUAAUUCUUUCUUAUUGAUUGGAUACUCAUAUCGAUAAUGAUGUAGAUAAAUUUCAAUAUUUCGAAUGCUAAAGUUAAUGGUAUAGAAUUGUAUGUGAAAAUAAAUCUUGCAAAUGUUAUGUCUCUAGCAAAUAUAAACUAAUUUUUGAUUCAAUU